CCUGAACUCAGAACCUGUAAAUCCACAAGGAAAAACCAAGGGCUUGGGCUUCUGAGCACAGCUCAGUGUCGGGGUCGGGGACCCGGACUAACUGCUUGUGGCGCAGUGCGAGGAGCGGCCAGCCUUGCUGGCUCACUUGGGAAAACUGAAUCGAGAGGCCCAGAGCAGCUCCUCCUGGCUCUUCUGUGCAGAGAAAACACCCCACCUGCUGGCCCUAGGCAGGUCCCACCUGCACAGGCCCCGGGUGGGGAGGGCAACGUGAUCCCAGCGUGGAAAAUCAGCUUGCCGUUAACCUGCCUGACAGCCUUAAUCAAUGGUGAGGGCUGCACAGAGAACAAAGCGCUGAAACCCUAUCCCAGCCAACCCCGUGCAGGGCUGGAUCAGCCAGCUGGGCCCAGAGGCUGUGGGGGCAGAGGGGGGGGAGUGCAGGGGAGCCAAGGGCCAGUCUGUCUACGCACGGGGCAUUUCUUCAGCGUUUGUUGGAGCUGUGCGGCCGUGAGGCAAAGCCUCCAUUUCCCCCACCUGGCGGGCAUCGUUUCUGAGCCCCUCUUCUGCGGGCACCACACUCACGCCCACACUUGCCUGCUUCAGAGAGCAAGCCAGAUUCCUCAGGGGGCGGGUGACAUCUGUAGGCCAUUCACCUUCUCUUAAAUUCACUAAAAACAUUUUUACAAACUGAUUUUGCAAAUGAGGUAUUUGCAAAGUACCAAGAUGUUUGAAAACUAUCAGCAGACUGUGUCCAUUUUUUAUGGUUGUUUUGCAUUUUGCCUAAUUCAGCGUGCUGCCAGUCGCUCUGAACUGUAAGCAUUUCAUCUAGGUUACUAGAAAAAAGCCAAACAGAACAAAACAAAACCGACUUUCCCGAUGCUCAGUCUAAAAGGCCUGAAAUGCUUCUGCGGGAUUAAAACAUUAUUAUGCUCUUAAAGCAUGUUCAUCAAGAACAUGAACUCUGCAUCCUGCCCCCCAGCCUCUUCUGUCAGAGUUAUCAUCUCCUAAACUUUACAGCCGCCUAAAAGCCAGCGAUUUGGCUGAGCGGGCAGCUUGGGGCCACGCCGCACAGUCAAAGCUGGCUGUGCCUGGCCACGGCAGCAUGGUGUCUGUGUGGCUGCAGGGUUGCCUUGCAUUUAAGAAUCUGCAGGACAGACUUUGGACCUGCCUCCCAUCCUGGCCUGGCGGGGGCCUGCCUACACCUUCUCCAAGGCGGGUCCAGCUUUGUUAUGCCUCAGACAUGAGCGAGUGAGAAGGAGCCCGAAUCCAGGCCUGACUGGCCACUGCCCUAUGCUCUGGCUGUCACCCAUCACCAGCAUGGCUGCUGGCAACACCGAGCCCAACUUUCCACAAGCAAGCUCCAGAAUUGCACCCCCAGUACUAUGGGCACCCAAGGCCUUCCCGACCCUGCGCUCGAGGACAGGGAACCUCAGCAACCACUACUUUCAGUGUCCGAUCCGGGAGAGAGCUUUCCAGGGGGUCCCUUAGCCAGGUGGAAGGCAGGAACCCUUGCAGUUGGCGACCCGAGCUGCCUUCUGGGUGGGCAGGAAGACACACACUUCCCUGGUGCCCAUGCCUUCCCAGAACCACCCUUCCCCCAGCCCUGACGCUGGGCUGGACUCUGCCACCAUGCAGGCCCCCCCCCCGCAGCCACGGCCCCAGGCCAGCCUCCUUGGGCUCCUGGCCUCCACCUCCUCUGCUUACCUGCCCUGACAGGUUCCGAGCCUGGAGGAGGGUGGGAGGCCACUCCCCACCCGCAGCCCAGCAGCCUGGCCGGCACGUCCAGUGCUCUCCCUGUGCCCAGGACCCACUAGGCCUCAGAAUGGGUACCAGAGAGACUCUGCUCCGGUUACCCCAAAUACCUGCCAGCCCGAGGCCAACAGCCCGGGUGCCCGGUUUUGGCCUUGGCCCAACCUGCCCGCAGUUAAGAUCCGGCCUCUGGGCAGCUCAGGAGACCAGCCUCUCACCUCCUGCAGCUGAGGCUCCACACAAGGAAAAACCAAGCUUACAUGUGUGCAGGUGGACAGCUCUCAGGUCUGUGGGGAGAGUUUUGGGAGCGGCUGGGAACAAUGGAGUCGGCUGCUGGCCCUCCUACAGCUGCCAGGGGCAGGCAGGGAAGAGGCGGCGUGGCCCCGGGCUCCCCUUACAUGUAGGGCCUCACCCCGCCCCGUGCAGGUGCCUGCUCAGCCGACCAAUCUCCGCUCCUGGCCGCCAACAGGUGUGUCCCCUGGGCUCCCAUAGGCCAGGAGGGAGAGGCGGCGUGACGCGGCAGGGCGGGCAGCAGGCCCCACACACAUUCCUGCCCCUGCCUGGCCUGCUGGCUGGGCUGAACAACACCCGGGGCAGAGAGCUUCUGCAGGAGCCCAGCGGAGCGUGCGAGCCGGUGGUCAGGAGGGCCAGGCAGCAGCUCCCAGACCACUGGGCACCGCCUCACUGGCAAGGGCGGGGCCACCCUGCCCCCUCCGCUUCCCCCGGGGAGGGGCCCCCACCCCUGGGAGCUACAGCUCCCGCUGACAGAGGGUGGAGCCUGGGCCUCUGGGAACCCCUCUCCUGCGGCCCAGCUCAGUCCUGCAGGCAGGUGGCUACAGAGCCAGGUGUGUGUCACACAGACCCACACACUGGGGGCAAGGCUGCUGAGAAGUGGGGGCCCUCCAGGAGGGUAGGGGGUAGCCCCAGCCCCACAACCUCCCGUUCUAGGAGGCCUGGGCUAGGGGUGCAAGCGUUCAUGUUGGAGUUCGGAAGGGCCUGGGAGCCCAAGGUGGGGAGGGACAGGGCCCUAGUCAAGUUUGGGGGUGAUCCUUCUGGCACUCUGAAGACUCCACACUCACCCCCACAUUCUGAGCGGAAGGAACCGGAACGAAAUGACAACAUCCCAGUAAUUAGCCCAACCAGCAGAGAUCCCAAAGGGCCCAACGAUUUUCCAUAACGAACUCCUGCAGCCCCACUGAGAACUCCUAAUGACAAAGGGCCUGUCCCCCGGGCUGCUGGCUCCUGGGCUCGCUGCACCCUAGGAGGGGGUCUUCGUGGGGCCUCACCUUUCCUUCCAGGGACAGACAUGGCCAAGGGGCAAGUCGCCUCCACGGAAGGCUCCCUCAACUGCUGCCCGGUGGGUGCCUCUGUGCCCACCACACAGGAACACUCAGAGGACACUGCCCUCCAGCAGCGACCACAGGCCUGGAUCACUGGGGUCCUGGCGGGGAGCCUAGAACUCCCCCACUGACCCCUCGGAGCUGCUCUGCUCCCCGGCCUUGUGCCCCAAAGGGCUGUGCUGGGCUCUCCCUGCCUCCUGCCGGGCAGCCAGGGGCCUGUCUCCUGGCCCAGGGCAGGGCAGCUGGAGGCCAGUCCCAGGAGCCUCAGUGACCUGAGCCUAGAGCCUAGGGUGUGGAGGGCACGCCCCUCCUCAGGUUGCUGACACCUGCCCACCCCAUGCCCACUCGGCUGUCCAUGUUUGUGUGGAGGUGGGGUCAAGGCCGCGGGCACCCAUGUUUUGGGGAGAGUGAAGCAGUAAUCUCUAACCCAGUGCUGUUCAUGGACGGGAGCGUAGGCCGGCUGCCGCCACCGACCCCCUUUCCCAGGCUCUCCCCCCACCCUCUGCUCACGGCCUCAGCUACACCCACAGAGCACCUGGUUCUGCGUCCGGAGCCUCCGGGCUCAGCCCGGAGAUGUCAGCUUAGGGCUGAUGGGUACGGCAAGACUCCAGAAGCUCCCAGGAGGCUGAGGGGGGCCAGGGGAGCCCUGGCCAGGGUCCGCUGAGUUCCCCCAUGCCGGGACGUGGUGGGGACCAGGCCCGCCCCUCUCGCUGCCAUGUCUGAUGCCAGCAGGGAAGGAGCAGGAGCUGAAGUGGGAGGGGGCCCCCUCGUGAGACGAGCAUGUGGUUCUCAGUGUCGCCAGCCACAUCAGACCCAGUGUGGGAGGUGCGGGAAGUUCACCUCCGCGGGUUCUGGGAGCGCCCAGACAGUGGCUUGCUUUCUCCUGCUGCAGCCCUCUGAGCCCGCUGCCAGCCAGCUCAGGAUGCCCCCUUAGUUCAGAAGAUCUGAGCACACACAUGCCAUGGGUCUUGCUCUGUGCCUGGCUCAGAACUGAAACCCGCACAACUGUCUGCAGGAGCUUAUUAAGGGGGCUCCACCAGACAGCUCUGAAUCAGCAGGACGCGGCUGUGCCCAGCCCUGGGGCGUGCAGGCCCUUCACCAUCUGCUCCUCUCCCACUCGGGGAACGAUCUCAGCAAACUCACUCUCCUGGUAGGAAGCAGCCCAGCCGUGUGGCUGAAGCAUCUCAUCCAGGAGCGGAAAGGCCAAUGCGCAGCCAGCUUUGCCUGCAGUGAGGCCAGCUCUUGCCCUGUGUGGCAGGCAGGUGUGGGCACUGUGUGGCAUGGCCAGUGGCUCAGCAUGAGUGCCCCUGGAUAGUAAAACCCAUGGUGACUGUCUCCCUGGUCUCCACUUUGAAGAGAAGAUUCUGGUCUGGCUGACCACCUGCUGUCUGAUCUCGCAGCGACCACUCGCCGCUCCCUGCACUGCUCUGCCUGCGUCCAUGUACAGGAACAAGGACCUGAGGUCAGACUACGGAGCCACCUGCACGGAUGGCCACAGAAGGGGCUUGACAGCAGGGAUAGGAUUCGCAUGCAUCCCACUGCUGUUUCAAACAGUCAGCUGAGAUAUUCCCUCUGCCCUUAGGGUCAUCACAGGCUGUGUCCCAACCCCACCAGCUUGGGCCCUGGAGACGUCUCCUCAGGUGCCUCUGAGCUCUGCUAAUGGCUGGCCGGCCUCGAGGCCCUGAGCUGGCUGCCCCCAGUCCUUGGCUGCAGCAGAUCCCAGCUCGUGUCCUGGGCACAGGCCCCUUGGGGCUGUCCCCUGUCCCCUAGGCCUCAAGGAUGUGUGGACGGGGCAGUGCUGGGGCCUGCAGUUCUGGUCACCGAGGGAAGAGCCACAGGACCCUGCCAGCCGAAGCCCUGGAAGGCUGUGAGCUGCGGCUCCACGUGGCUCACCAGGCCCACGUCAUCUGGCCCAGUGGGCAGCAGUGUGCUGGGCGCCAGGGUCGCUGGAGAAUCCUGUGGCUGCCAGACAAAGGUUCUGGCCCGGCCCACCUGCUGGUGUAGCUGUUGCCAAGGCAAUGGUGGGGGUGGAUAGGCUCUCCAGGGACAGAGAGGCCUAACCUGGGAGGGGUGACAAAGGCCACCACCACACUCGGAGACACAGUCAGGCUGGUGGCAGAGCUGGCCUGGGGGGCCCAGUCCCCAACCCCCCAGCCCUGGCUGGGGCCAAGCCCUCCCUGGGUGGGGCAGGCAGGACAAAGGGCCGUUGUGCUGUGGCUCGGUUACUUCCUGUACUGCGGCCUCCACAGACAGCCUCAUGGUGUCUGUACACCCCCACCCGUGGCCCAGCCUCUGACUGGGGGCCAGGCUGAGAGGGGUCCCAUCUGUGUGGAGAGGGGGCAAGUGUCACUUUCCCCUUCCUGGCCCUUUGCCAGGUCAGGGGUGUUGAUCUGGGUGGGGAAGGACCUGUGACUCCCCCCACCUGCUGAUUUUUGCCUUUGGCUACCUGAGCCGGCCCUGCCCUACCACACAGACAUGCUGUAUGUCAGGAGACUGGGAGGAGGGUCCGGUUCCGGGCCCAGCAGAGCAGACACUAGUGUUUGGGGGUUCUGCCCAGGACAAGCACUCCCCACACAGGCACCAGCUCUGCCUCCUGGUGGGGUCUUUGCUGAACCCCCUCGCCACCUCCUUCCCACUCAGAGCUGACUGAUGCAGCAGAGACCCCUUCCCACUCCUGGACAGGCCUCCAGCCUUGCAUCCUGCUGUUAAUCCACACGCUCUGCUGGCCAGGCACCGCCACCCCUCCUCCCCGCCCCAGCCCCCGCUGUGCCGACAGUGAGCUUGGCCUGGUGCAGGAGGGUGGUCCUGCCGCCAUGGAGAGCAGCCCAGAGAGGGGGCUCUCCUGCUCCUACCUUUCGCUUUGUCUUGCCACCUCUUCAGGCCCUGGCCCCUCCCAUCGGACACCAUGGCCAGGGACCUGUUGGAGGCCCCGAGCUCAGGGCACGAGAGUUCAAGCCAGAAAGCUCAGGCUGUUCGCACCCUGAGGCCCCUCUCAGAUGUGCCCCAGAUUGGGUGAGGGUUAGCCCAGCCCUGGGGACCCCUCUGCAGAUCUCCCGGACCAGUCCCACCACCCCUUCCCUGCCUUCCUGCCCUGGGCUGUGCUCUUGGGCCCCAGUGGCCGGGCAGGGAUGGCAGCAACACCCGCAGGCGCCCCCAAUGCCAUGGCAUGCUUUUGCAGACAUACUCAGCCUUGACCUUGACCCCUUCCACUUGAGACCGUGUCAUCCCCAGGCCUGUCUCCCUGAGGGCUACACCUGGUCACGGCAUCCAGAAAACACUGGGCCAGGAACCCUGUGUCCAAUGUUCUUGUACAUGGCCUUCUGCUGAGCAGCCCUUUUCCUGGUCCUCAGACUAUCCAUUUAUUCCUGAGUGUUCGAGACCCCCCAACCCCCCACAGGCCCCCAGUGGCCUCCAGGUGCAGAGGAGGCGGUCAGCCCUGAGGCCUCCUUGGCCACCAUGUGCCCUCACGGCCUCUGCUCUGCGUGGCCACCACAGCCCGUCUCUGGAAGCCAGUGGGUCAGGGUGUCAGUGCUGUGGAGUGGGAGGGGCAGGUGUGGAUGGAGACCAGGGCCCCAGGUCACCUAGAGGUGCAGCUCUUCCCCAGUGUCCAGUGGUCUCCGCUCAGACUUCCUGCUGGUUUUAACUGGGCAGGUGGGGUCCGGUGAGGGUUUCCUAAGUGGAGAGUCCAUGCUGCCUGCAGAGGCCGUGGUCAGGGCCCACUGUGCCAGGACUCCUGCUGGGCAAGCGGGUGACGGACCCACACUGGGGACAGAGGAGCCGGCAGGAGGAUGAGGGGCCCAGGGACCUGGAGAGAGGGUGCACCCCACGGAGGGCGCGUGGCCCGAAGCUGCCUCCACGUCGCAGGGCAGAGGCUCUUGGGCAAGCCACCCCCCUGAAAACAACUAAGACACUGAGACAUCCUCCUGAAGCCUCCAUAGGCCAAGGAACUAGCCAGGACACACCGGGCUGAAACCAAAGGAAACCCCUGGCCUUGAGAGGCAUUGAGCACAGGCAGCACUCCCAGGGCCCAGACUGAGCUGUUGCCCCGACGGCCUUGAGGCACUCGUGGACAGAAAUGAAAGCUCAGGGUCCCCACUAAGUGAGGGUGUGUAUCUAACAGGACAGAAGGUGGGGGCCCCAAGGGUUCUGCUGAGGAGGAAAUGAAAGCAGACACAGUCUCUUGAGGCCUUGGUGGUCCUAGCUGAAGCUACGGGACCAUCCCUGGAGCCCCAAGUCAGGGUGUCCCAGACUGUAGGGCCCAGGUGCCUGGCAGAAAAAACCUUCGCCCUAGGCACCAGAUCAUUCCUGGAAGUACUUGUUCAAGUACAAUGACUGGCACAUGAUCAAAGACAGCCCGUCAUACAGAGGCAAAGACCCCAUGAGCGAGGACCGGCAGAAGAACGCAUCGGGCAGACUUGCAAGGACCUCAAAUACUGGCAUUAUCAGGCACAGUGAAAAACAGUGGAAAGUACUAUGUUAACAAAAAAGACAAGUUUAAUAUCUGCAGGAAGCUGGAGCUUAUAAAAAUGAUGCAGUAGACUUUGAAAGAAUCAAAUUCGUUUGUAGAAAUGAAAACACUGAAUCACCACAAUUUAAAACUCAAUGGAUGGGAUUAACAUCAUAUUGAAAGUAGCUGAAAGAGAAUUGGGGAAAUGGAAGACAGGUAAGAAAAACUAUCCAGAAUGGAGGCUAGAGUCAAAAAAAAUUUGAAAAGACAUUAUGGCAAAUAGAGGAGAGGGGGUAAAAAUAAAAUAUAUAUAUACAUAUAUAAAACAGAGAGAAUUGGAAGAGAACAGGAGAAAUUAUUUGAAAGGAUGCUGUCUGAGGAUUUUCCGGAACUGAAAGUCAUCAAAAUACAGACUCAAGAAUGACGGUGAAUCCCAAGCACGAUAAACAAACAGAAUCCACACCCUGUCAUCAGAAGGAACCUCCAGAAAGCCGAGGACAAAAACCGAAGCAGCCAGGGAAAAGCAAGCAGGCCGGCCGUGGGGCCGCGACGUCCCACAGCGACGGCAGGGUAGCAGGUCCAAAGCAACUCCCGGCCCAGCCUCUUCCUCAGGACGAAUGUGGAAAAAAGGAACCUCACCUUUAAAAUAAAAGCAAAACAAACAAAAACCAAGAGGGAAGAACUGGGAACAUUUGCUGCCACGGAUCUUUGUGAAGGAGAUCGCAAAGCAGGCACGUCAGGAGCAAAAAGGUCAGUGGAUGUAAACUAAUUCUGACUUACAACAAUGGUAAUGAUGAGCUGGAAGGUCAAAAACAUUUGAAAUUAAAAUAUCAGGCAAUAAAAAAAUCCAACUGGUGAAAAACCUUAGUCAGGCAAUCAAGGUCCCCAUCGCUGUGGCGAGCCCUGGUGACAGCAGGAGCCCUGACAGGGUGUGAGAAGGGGGGCCCUGCACCUCCGAGGGCUUCCCCAGGAUCACAGCCUCAGGCCCCAAGGCAGGGCAGCGCUUCAGAGGGCCUGGCUGGGGCCUCUGGGUCUGAAGCGCCUCUGCCUCUUGGCUGAGACCAUGAGGUGGGCUGUGGCCACAGUCACUUCCACGUGUUUUUCACCAGGGCCACUGCUGGCGGUCUCCAGGCCUGGAGCCUAUUCAGGGCCAGGUGGGGAGGGCCGCUGGGUCCCAGCCCCGGGAAACCACAGGGCCCAGAUGACAGACCCUGCAUUGGACAGCAUGUGGGUGAGCCCCUGGAGCAGGCCUGGAGGGGACACAUUUGGGGAGCCAGGGGUCCCAGGUGUCACGCUGAGCACACAGGCUCCUGGACUUCCCAUGCUCAAGAACCACCCACAGGCAGCGUCCAGAGGCUGAUUCAGACAGGCAGGAGCCCCUCACCAGGACCUGCCGGCCCAGCCCUGGAGCGUGCCCUUAGAUGCUAGGCUAUGGACCAGGCACUUCCAGACCGAACCCUCCCCACCCUCCAAAAGCACCCCAGCCGGCACUCCCUGGGGCUCGUCUGGCUCACAGAUGUGCAGCACCUGCCAGAACGAGAGCUCCGAGGGAAGUCAGGCGGGAAAGUCUCCGUGCAGCUGAAGCCGCAUGGAAAUAACUCAGGCAAAUCACCCGGAGGCGCAGCUCUCGAGGCUCAGGCCUCCCGCCUCCCGGCUCCUUCUCCUCUGACCUCCAGGAGGCCCAGAGGGAGCUCGGGGGACCUGGGCCUGACGGCUGCAGCUAUUCCCUAGAAUCUCCCUGAGGAGCCCAAGGCUGCCCUGCACCACCAGAGGCUCUGGGCAAAGACUGGCAGAGCAGCUAGUGGGCUGCCCCCUGGGGAGGGGCGGCGAUGAGAACUGACCACAGCGCUGGGGCCUUGGCUUGGACUCCAGGACUGGGAAGGCCGGCUGAGCCCUGCUGCACCCUGGCCUUGGCCGAUGCCCCUACUGCCCACGGCCUGUCGACUCCAGCCUUUCUCCACCUCCCUCCCCGCUUGGUCCCCCUGGCUCAGCCAGCCAAUGAAGACUUCAGGGGCCAGAAUGGGACCCCAGGGACCCCAUAUCCACAGAGCCACGGGCUCGUGCUUGAUCGUGGCUGAGCCCCCACCAGAUGCAAGGCGCCGCCGGCCUAGCAGAUGAGCCUCUCCGAGGACCGUGUGCCGGAGAGGUGCUCCAAGGACCCCCAGGUCGUGCACAGCAGGUCCAGGCAGGGGGCCCCGUGGAGGGGGGCCUGCAGGGGAGGGCCUCCAUGAGGCCAGGCCCGCGGGCAGCUGGGGGACACUCAGCGGGCCUUGCAAGGUCCCUGGGGGGGGCAUUUUCCUCUCAGUGGGGCUCCAUGCCUGCCCUGCAGAACUGCAGGUGGCUGGGAAUCGAGCCCUUUCCGCCCCAGGAGCCCCCUGCCCUCCCCUGCUCUUUCCUUCCCUGCAGGACCCCCCUGGGGCCUGGGGUCUGGCCCACUAAGGUAAGGCCGGGCCCAGUGACUCGGUAGCCCCCCAGGAAGAAACCAAGAGCCUGGGGCAGCAGGUGGACCCUCCUCCAGGUAGGCACACUGUCUGGGCACCUCUGUUCACCCUCUGAACAGGGUGUGCCCAGACCUUGAGCUCACACCUGCCAGGAAGGGAGGAAGCUCCGCCACACUGGUCGUGCCCUGAUGGAACCAGAGGUUUCCAGUGUCACUGUCGCCACUGAGAGCCCCACUUCCGUGGGUGUAAGCCCCAAACCCAGCCCUCAAGAAAGGAGGGGUGGCCCUGGCUUCCCAGCCCCUCCCCAGGUCUGAAGGGGCCCCCAUCUUCCAGGGACAGUGGGAGCCUCAGACCUGGGGUGGCCUGACUGGGAGCCCCAGAACCCUGCUGACCCACCCUGAGCCCAGAGGCCCCACCCACCGCCACACAGCUGGGUCAUAGCUAUGAGGGGGCCCCCAAAGCUCUGUCAGCCUUCCGCUCACCUCCCUACAAGGCCCCAGACCGGGCCCCAGGCCUCUACCUUGUCUGGGGUCACUGACACCGUCCCAACCCUCAUAACCUUGCAGCAGAGGCACCCCAAAACUGAUUUCUUUAGCACAGAACCUGACCCCCAGGCACUGCAGCCUGAACCAGGGGCCCCCAAGGCCUUGCUGCUUGGGGCCCCUUCCACCAUCACCCCCAAACCCCCCACCCGCUUCUCUAGAGGCCUCUAACCCUGCUAUUCAGGUCAUAAUUCUUAGAUGGCGUCAGGGGAAACUGCACCCGUGGCCUCAGUUCCCUGGCUGCCUACGCCCCCUCUUUUCAGAGCCCCACAGCAGGUGUCCAUUUGGUUACCCUCAGCCAGGCCAUCGACGGAGCCCCCAGGCCCCACCCAGGCACAGGAGACCUAGUUUUGUUUUUCCCUUCAUGGUGUGUUUUUCUUCUGAAAAAGUUUCAAAUGUGCAGAAAAGUCAAAAAUAGGACACUGCCCGCCUGUUUGGGCUGCCAGAAUGUCACCGUAGACUGGGCGGUGAGACAGGCGUUUCCCACAUUUCCUGGCCCGGGAGGCUGGGGACCAGGCUGCCUGGAGGUUCCGUGUCUGCCGAGGACCCUUCCUGGCAGGCGUCUUCUCGCCAGUAUCAUGGUCUUCCCUGGGUGGACCCCUCUCCCUCUCCUUACAGGGGCACCCACAGGACUGUAGCUAGCCCUAUUCAUCCCCAAGGGCCCCCAAUAUCACCAUGCUGGGGGGUGGGCUUCCAUGUAUGGAUUUGGGGGAGCAUGAUUCACCCAGUGGCAAUUCCGGGGAGUUCCUUCCAGGACCCUUGAGAGCGGGUCGCUGGCUGGCUGUCCCUCACCCCUGACGCUCACAUGCUCUUCCUGGGAACUCAGAUGCCCGCAGAGCGCCACUCAGCCGCCGAGCGGGGGCUCCCCGCCGUCAUCCCCCGCCCUCCCAUAUGGCCAGGCCCAGCUUGUCCCGACGGCGCCCUUUGCUGCAGAGGACCGGCCCUGGACUGUGACUGGCACCGUGCUGUCCCCUCUGGUCCUCGUCGGUCUGUGACAUUCCUCAGCCUAUCCCUGGAUGCCGAGACCCUGGCCUCUUUGAACUCCCCAUGUGGGCAUCUCACUUUCCCCGAGCAGGUGCUGUCGCAGCCCUUCCACGCUUUGCACCCGGGCCAGCCAGGGGGGCCAUGUCUCCGCUCUCCCAUGAGUCUGCUGUGUCUCCCAGAGCAGCUGGUUCCCGUUUUAUUCCCUGGCUGCACCCUUUGCCACCGUCAUUCCCGCAGUGAUGGCUGGCCUGCGAGGGGGCACCGUGAGCAUCGCUUCACUUCCUGGUACAAAGGGUGCGCCUGCCAAGCUUGCACAGACGCGGAUUUCCUGGAGCAGCCCCGGCCCCUCCCGGCAGACAGAGGCCCUCAGGCCCCCAGCCUGCACAUAGGAAGCCCCUGAGCUCCCUGGGCGCCCCAGCUCCAGCCCGCCCUUACUGGGCCUGUCCUCCACGCUGAGCUGCUGGCCCCACAAACCCACAGUCCUCCAGGCACCUAGCUUCUGAAAAUUGGCCAUUUGUUUUAUUUUUAGAUUCUAAAUAAAAUUCACACUUCAUCCCACUUUUGCAUUUCUUAUUUUGUGCCACUUUUCUUAGAGAGAAUCCUAACCCUCAGGCUUAGGAAUCCUGUCCCCUGCUUGCCCGCCUGGAUUUGGGUCCUGGGUGGGGCAGUGCCCAGCAAAUUGGUGGUUAAGGCCCCGGCUGUGGUGCAGGCCCGGCGUCUCAUGUCUCCCCUUGCCCUCUGACCGCAGGCAGCCUCCUUCAGCUGUCUGCUGCAAGGUUCACGACCCCCAGCCCUCAGUUCACUGUCUGGCUUGAUCUUCAGGGCGUGACACCACUGGUCACUUGCCCCACCCUGAAGCGCUGUCCUUUGGCUUCUGAGCUCCCCUGUCCUGGCCCCCGACUCCUGGGGGACCCUUCUGGCUCCUCCUCUUCUCCCGACCCCUGAACCUGACUGGCUCUGUCCACAGUCUCUGUCCCCUGCCUUCUGGCGCCCAGGCUAUAACACCACCCACAUGCCCACAGCUCCCGGG